ACAAACUUUUUUCCUGGCUUUAUUUUUAGAGAGGAGAGGGCAGUGCUGUUUAGUAAUGUACUAAUGUUUUCAGAGAUGACUCCACGAGGACUUUCCCUUUAAGCAUCUGUAUAACAGUCCAUAGACUCUGCAGACAAGGACACCUUCCCUGCAACACCCACACCGUGACACGGGGCAGACCGAGAGAGGCGGGGACAGCGGCCGGUAAUCGCUCCAUGGACUGACCAUACUGAGGCGGGCGGGGGCAAUGCUGUGGGGCAACUUGUGUGUGACACCUCCAGGUUAAUCAUUGGCCCAGAAGAGAUAUAACUCCUACCUGAAAGAGAACAGGGAAAAAACUCAUAGCUCAGCAGAACCAAGAGAUUGACAGAAGCAUUCCCCCUCCUCCGACUGUCUCGGGGCUCACACUGUGGCUUGUUUUCUUACUGGGAAUCCCUUUAGCAUAUGUGAGCUGUGCUGAUCUAUAUAUAUAUAUAGUUCUGCUGGAAUUGUGCUUGCUCUGCCAUUUUUAAAUGCAGCAUUGGUUUUAAGCCUCUAAGAUCAUCCUGUGGACACAAGGCAAGAUGGGCGCACAAGGGCAGGGAUAUGGCUACUACAGGACAGUCAUAUUUGGGGCCAUGUUUGUGGGCUACAGCUUGUAUUACUUCAAUCGAAAGACCUUCUCUUUUGUCAUGCCAUCUGUUAUGCAGGAAAUAAAACUAGACAAGGAUGAUUUGGGUCUUAUCACCAGCAGCCAGUCAGCAGCCUAUGCGAUAAGCAAGUUCAUCAGUGGGGUCCUGUCUGAUCAACUGAGUGCUCGAUGGCUCUUUUCUUCAGGACUCUGUUUAGUGGGUGUGGUGAAUGUUCUGUUUUCCUGGAGUUCCAGUGUGACAAUUUUUGCCAUUCUUUGGUUCUUUAAUGGUCUUGCACAAGGACUUGGCUGGCCACCCUGUGGGAAGGUUCUUCGAAAGUGGUUCGAGCCUUCACAGUUUGGCACGUGGUGGGCAGUGCUGUCAUGCAGCAUGAACCUCGCAGGAAGUUUAGGUCCUAUUAUCGCAACUCUAUUAGCAGCUAGUUACAGCUGGCGCAGUACUCUGUCCUUCUCAGGUCUCAUCUGCGUUGGAGCCUCAGUCAUUUGCCUUAUACUCAUCAAGAAUGAGCCAUCUGAUGUGGGGUUAAAGAACGUUGAGUUGGGGCCCAAGAAAGGAAAGAAAGGUUCCAAAUCUGCAGAUGAGACGACUCUCAAAGAGUUCCUUCUUUCUCCUUACCUAUGGUUGCUGUGCGCUGGGUACUUGGUGGUAUUCGGGGUGAAGACAUGCUGCACAGAUUGGGGGCAGCUCUUCUUGAUUCAGGACAAGGGGCAGUCUGCAUUGAUAGGAAGCUCAUACAUGAGUGCUCUAGAGGUAGGAGGUUUAAUAGGAAGUAUUGCUGCUGGAUUACUGUCGGACCGUGCUGUAGCAAAAGCAGGUUUGAAGAACUAUGGCAACCCUCGGCAUGGUCUUCUGCUGUCUAUGAUGGCUGGAAUGGUUGUAUCUUUGUUUCUGUUCCGUGUUACAGUCACCCCAGGAUCACCCAAGGUUGAUGGGAUCUUGUCUCUUGCUCUCCAGCCUCUCGCUGAGAUGUUUAAUCUGAAUGAACAAGAGGUGUGGAUCCUCAUUCUAGGAGCUAUCUUUGGGUUUUCUUCCUAUGGUCCCAUAGCUCUGUUUGGAGUUAUUGCUAAUGAAAGUGCUCCUUCCAAUUUCUGUGGAACUUCCCACGCCAUUGUGGCACUCUCAGCUAAUGUUGGAGGAUUUCUUGCUGGAUUACCUUUCAGCACAGUUGCCAAACAUUACGGUUGGGAUACAGCUUUCUGGGCGGCUGAAAUGGCUUGCUUAGGCGUAACCAUAGUCUUUUUUCUGAUGAGGAACAUACAGACCAAGAUGGGACGCUUACCUAAGAAAUCUGAUUGAGACCUAGUUCAAGAAUCCUCCCCUAACUACAUGCAACAACCUGAAAAGAAAAAUCAGGAGGAAGGGAGGAGGGAGAGUUGAUUCGAAGUUAUGAGUAGCGCUCAUUUCUGAGUACUGCAGAAUUAUUACUGAAUGUGCCAAGCACAUUAUCUGGCCGUUCCCCAUUCUGUCUCAGAUGUAUUCCACCUGCAGGACAUCUCUUAAAUCAUCCUCUUCUAGUAUUUAUGAAAAAGAAAAAAUUACCUGUCAUUUCAGGUGAAAUACUGAGAUUACGAUACCUCUAUAAACAUGUAAGACUUGAAUCUAAUCCUUCUACAUUUCAUGGAAGAGCCUUUGGUCAGAAGCAGUCUGGUGCACAUUUCAUAGCACUAUAUGUCAAAUACAAUAUUUACCUUAAAGGGGUUCUCUGGUGCUUAGACAUCUUAUCCCCUAUCCAAAGGAUAGGGGAU